AUGGCGCCGCGGACCGAGGCGUUCAAGAAGUUGCAGCAACGUCUGCGACGAUCGUUGAAGUAUGGAGACCUGAGAAUCGAUUGCCUAACUGCCCCACUUUCACGUAAGUUGUAUAGUUGACGUAGCUAUGCGAUUUGGCUAGUUUAAAUUUGUACUUUUAUGUUUUUAUCGAUUUUUUGAUCAAUAUCGUAUAAUUAAAACAAUAUUAUUAAAGCACAUAAUGUGCAAAAAGUAUGAGCCAUUGGCUAAUAAUGACUCCGUUACGUUUUAGAGAUGGUUAUUGAAUACUUUGAUCACCAUUCCCAUUACGACUAUUUGGACACUGAUUUUGCCACUUCUUCAAUGUAAGUUAUAAAGCCCAUGUUGUUUAUAUGUUUAGUGGUGGAUUUGUGGACCCUUGUACCCUCGUUGCCGCCAUGAUAUACAUUGAACGAUUGAGAGUAAGAAAGCCCAAGAGUUUUAUGGCCCGAAACCCGAAUGAAUUGUAUUUGGCAGCUCUUAUUAUUGCUAACAAGUUCAUGUUCGAUGGGAAUACCUAUGAUUAUGUUUGGUUGGAUGAUUGGGUUGAGGAGGCCAAGGUCGACAAGAGCACUAUUAACCAGUUGGAGCUGAGAAUGUUGUACGAUUUGGUAAGGGGUUUUAAGAUUUUUAUGAUAAAUUCAAAUCUAUUUUAUAAGUUUUGUUUUAAUCGGCUUAAUUUUAGUCUAUUUGACAUUGUUUUUGAGAAAAUGUUGUUAAAAAAUUAAGAGUUAGUGUUUAAAAAGAAGCACAAUAUCGACACUUUACAAAGGGUAAUGUAUUGUUUAGGAAUGGGACUUGAUGAUCUCUGGAGAUGAGUACGAGCACACCUUACACUCGAUGGAACGUUAUGUUGCCACGAGAUCCCUCAAACAAUCGGGUAUAUUGUCAUAUGGAGAUGCACACGUACUAUUAAAAGACAUGAAACCAUUAAUGGAUCAGAUUUCAAGAUUUUUAACCAUGUGUGCAUCCUUAACCUCAGCUUAUCUCUUGGUAUUGGCACUUUCCGUUGGAACCUAUCUUACAGCCCAAAAAUCGGUCAGUAAUGCCAAUGUUAACACCACCACAAGCUUGUUAAAUAUGGAAACCAGUGUUUGUGGAAUCCAAAAUGUUCAAGAUGCCUAUCUCGAUUCCUCGAUUGAUGGUCUUGUUAUCACUCCCUCAGCUCCGACAGACAUGAUUUUCGAUUCAGAAGGCAAUAUUCACCGUGCAGACAGUAUUCUACCGGUCGACUUUUCGUUUCUGCCUUCGAAACAACAAAGCCUUCUGGAGAUCGAAGCGUUGGUGGGAAUUCUGCAACAAAACAGAACGUACGAUACGUACACGGAGUCAUGUCAGCGGCACAACUUUUUCCGAAAACACAACAACCAGCAGCUAAUUCUGGCGUCUUGA